AAACAGUGACCACGGUUUCGAAUGAGUACGCCUCUGGGCCUCAACCAUGCGAUAAGAAGGAUCAUCAAAGUAGCACUCCAAAGACAGACGCGAUUUUCUUGUCCUUAUUUUGAUAUUUAAACCUAUUCAGGAUUAGAUAGAAAUUUAAGAGUAAAGCUCAAGUUCAACAAGAAAUUAUAGAGGGCAGCGGUCGUGGUUUUUCCAUUUCAGAUAGAUCAUGACUGCUUGAAGAUAUAAACUAACUAUAGAUACGUAGUGCUGUCAAUUUAUUAUAUAUAGUUUCCAAUUGCUUCAUCCAAUGAAUCACCCAAUCAAGAAGAUGAAGCUGUUCUCGUUGGUUUGGUUCUUUUCGGUCGGCUACGGCGGGAUGGGCUACGUGAAAGCCGUUCCUCUGUUGGCCGAAGUAGAUGAGUUGCAAUACCGCCUGAAAGCCUUGGGUUUUCGGAGCAAAAACAAGCCGUUUGUGAAACGUCCCAACAUCGAUGUCCUGGAAGUCAAAAACUUGGAGAGUUUUGAAAUCCUCAAACAUGCAGAAGGAGGUGGUGAAGAUGAUUAUGCCAAUGCGAUUAAUCGAGAUGGUGCCAACAAGAUUUUGUUGGAAAUCAAUCGGCGUAACGCGAAAAACCAUCAGCUCUAUUGGGGUGAUGCGUACCGGGGAGGUUCAGGAAACACCUUCUCGGGGUUCCCUCCCGAAUGGUCCUCGUAUCAGGGUUCCUGGGGAAUUUCUUAUAAUGGUUCCCCGGAAAAUUUGGACUACACGGUUUCGUUAGAGGCUCUGAAGGAGGAGAUAUUGAAAAACACAGGUACUACUCCGUGUGCGCAGAUACAUAGAAGCAUUUGAUUUUAUUCAAAAUAGAAGGACGCAUGCAGUUUUUGCACUGGACACACGCACAAUCAGAAAAAAAAUUUGCAGGUAAAGACUACGACCUCUACCACAUCACCACCGCGCGCAUGGGUGUCUACAAAGCAGAGGUUGUUAAUACGGACGAGGUGCUGAAGAACAUUGCCGAGCUGAACGACGAAGAGGACGAUGAGAGUAAUAAGUGAAGGUGGCAAGAAAUAUGCUCACUGAGUUUUCUGUUGUGGCUUUCUAACAUUUUCAAUAUAAGUAAGCUUUAGGCUACUCUGGGCACCUGAAAAUGGAUGAUCUCAAAAGUAGAAUCAAGCCGUUUAUGAUUAUGAUUAUGUGAAAUUUUUGGAAGUAUGUGUCAUGAUUAUAUCUUCGUUUAUAACGUAACAAAAUAGAUAUAAAAUAAGUUAAACUGAUGUAAUAAAGUGGCAUGCCAAACCGUAACAAAAUUUAAUAUAUGAUAAUAGUCUAUAAAUAUAACAAUACACAGCUAAAGUCGAAGCGGAUGAGAAGUAUUUGCGAGGUCAGAUAGAGGAGCUCGGCCGCGGGGAGCCGCAAUACGUGGUUCAGGAACUUGAGGACCUUCGCCAGCGAGUCUUGACAGAGAGAAAUGUUGUAGAUCCGAUGGACCCCAACAAAGAAAAACUGCUAAGACGCGAGGUGGGCUGUGAUCGUUACAGAUACAGGAAGGUACGCAAUAUCCUCCCGGACGAGCUAGAGAUGAUGGCGCGGCUACCGAGGGUAAAAACCUUGAAGCUGGUCGCUGUUCUAUCGGAGAAGGAUACGAAAUUUGCCGUCGACAAUGACCAGGCAAAAGCCCACUCUCUCGCUAAGGAGAUGACUUUAUCGGAGCAUGGAGGUGCCGUGAUCAAGGAGUUUAUUAUGAACAAACUGCAAACUACCCAACCCCAAAGUCCACUAAUGUAUGAUCUAGUCAGAAAUUCGGAACAAACUCAGAAAUUUCCAGUCAGAAACUAUCUAGGUGAAGAGGUCUCGUGAACGGGAGCUCCAAUCUAUCUGCUCGGGUAGAAUAAGCAGCACAAAGGAGAGGACUGGUUCUCCAAUGGCAAUGAAUCUAGUCGCUUCUGACUGACCAACUUCCGGAUCGAAGAUGUAGAAUUAAUAUUAAAUAUUGCUUGUUUAGUGCAGAGGGAAAAUAUAGUAAAUAAGUAGUACUAGUAGUAUAAAAAUGUAGUCGUUCUUUGUCGUGCUCGUGUCUAAGUUGGAUAAGUACGUGCAGCUGAAUGAACGUGGGAGGUUCAGUGCUUACGCUUCUUGGGAUUCGACGCUGAAGGAGGAGUGCAGACAGUUCCAAAAAGACCUGUACUACAUUCUCUACUACGUGAUUCUAGAAAAAGGACAGAAGUGGGGGAUUUUCGCGGAUGAUGAAGAAAUGGAGGGCGGCGGAGAACAGUCAGCAGCUGCGAAUGAUGCUAGUACUUCUUCUGCUUCUGGUACAGCAAGAGCUUCUACAAGUGAAGCUGUUACUGGUGAGACAGUAGAUGCCGGUGCAGAACGAGAACAUGAAAACACUUCUAACAAUAACAGUGGCCGCACUACUAGUGCUUCUGUUAACAAUAAAAUGCAAUUAGAAAUCGUAAAGACUGUCAAGCCUCGGGAGGAGCUGCACUCCACGCAUCGCUUAUUGGCCGACGUGUACCAAACUUUAGUUCAGUAUGACUUAAAGAAAAUGUAUGACAUCCGCUAUGAUACGGCGGCACACGACUCACUCUUUGCAAACGUCUUGAGUAUCGAGUUCCCCGCUUCUCGCAUGGGUGUCGAAGGCUACAAAUUCACCUUGCUGGGACAUGGAAAGCUCGAUUUGCGAUUUUACUCCGAAACCGGCGUCUUGCGAGGCUACAAGGACGGGUCCCGAUUUUUGUUAGCGGAAACCGACCGAAGGGGUUACCCUAAGUACGACAUUAACGAAAGAGACAUGGAAAAGGCCGAGGAGGUAGUGGACAGAAAGAGAAAGAAGGUUCAAGAAGUUGCCGCUCCUGAUAGCGCAGGGGCCGAAGAUGACUCAGAGACCACAAAGAAGCGCCGCUUUCUUGGUCAGUAGUGUUAUAUUAUUAUUUCUAACUACAGGGUCAGUAGUCUCCUUCCCUUCCAAUUCUAUACUCAUUCCUAGACUCAUACUCUUUCCUAGUCCUAGACCUAACAUUCCGCCAAAGAUGAACGCCAACACUUGUUCCAUUUUUCUACCACUGUGCUGUCGUGUCGAUUGGUCUAGGUACUAGUUUUUCUGUAAUUUUCCAUAUCGACGGAAUAGGAACAGCUAGUCUCUAUAUGAUACUAAAGAAUGGCCAAAAUUGAUCGGCGUAAGAGACGCGUCCUAUUGCAGAAAAAGAUAAUGUUCUGCUCGGGAUGGGUAUCUAUGUAUUAUAGUUUUAUUCGUUUUCUUUCUUCUCUCUUUCAUUUAAAUACUUAGUAUUCUACAUAGAUAAACAUCUGAAAUUUUCAUUUUGUGGAUCCAUAAGUCUGUUUUUCUCAAUUGGUGAUGUGUUGACGUUCCUGGAUACGGAAUUAAGUACUAUUAUUAGUUUCGUUUUAUAUUUAUGAGGAGAGUGAUGGCGAUCCGUUGGGGAAAAGAAAAGGGCUUCAUCACGUUAGGCAUUUUUUAGGUAUCUAUUCUAUUACAUGUGCCCGCAUAUAGUGAUCAUAUGACGUUAUCAGAUAAAAACUUUGAAGUUUUAGCCGUUGGCCCGCAGGACGAGGAUUGGCGAAGAUUUUCUUGAAAUCUUCGUGGCAGUCGGCCUCUCAUCAAUAUACUACGACACAUGAUUAAAAAACGAACUCUACUACUAGUAUUAGUUGUCUUCAGCAAAGAAGUUUAUACAACGAACAGCCAUCAUAAUGCACUUGGCCAUUGUUAUUCUUGUCCCACUCGUAUCACAGAGAUAGCCGGAGCCGGAGCGAUUUCAUUUUUGAACUUCGUGGAAAAUUUGCUUUCUUUCAACUGAGUCUAAAUGAUAUAU